AUGUCAAAGCUUAACACAACAACAGGUUAAAGAUGGAGAACUACCAGCACGCUGUGUUUUUUGAGGCAGGUAUUCUCUCAGAUGCAGAACUUGGACAUAUUCAUAAAUACUUUCAAAUCAAGAGAAAGUCUGGAGGGGGAGACUGUAAGAUCAGCAAAGUGGAUGACAAUACUUACAUGAUCACUUUUACGGUAAAAGAAGCCCAGGAAAAAGUACUAGAACGAAAGGAUCAUGUCAUCAAAAUAGAAGGACAAGAGAUCCAUAUUUCAUUAAGGCGUGAAAAUGUUGCUGAAAGCAGCAAACAACCAAAAGAAUUUACAAAUCAGAAAUAUGCAAGUGCUAAAAGUGUGGAGAAGGUUUUUAAACUGGACCAUUACCUACUACGCUACAUCAGUGAAUGUAAAAAAGCAAAUUCACACUUGAACAAAGUUCUUUCUGCACUCUCCUGCACCUUCGAGAUCAAUAUUGAGUCUGAAGAGCUGGUGGUGGUGAGAGACCAGGCUGCUGAAGAUGUUCAUCUCCAGAAGGAAUGGGAAUUUUUGGUACAAAACAUGUUUGAGAAUUUAAAGUCAUGCUAUACCAUCCACUUUGAGGUUGAUAGGGACAAAUCUGCGAUUCUGAAAAAAAACUGUGUCCUCCAAAGUGAGAACCUAAAAAUCUAUUAUGAAGAUUUUUCAUGCUUAACUGUUGUGGUCGGAGAAAAACAAGAAGUGGAGAAAAAUGUAAAAUUUCUAAGUGGCUUGCAGGACAAACAACAGAUUCAACAAGAGUGUCGCAUAUCUGAGAAACAAUUUAACCUCAUCAAGGAGCAUUUUGAGCUGUACAUAAAGACUUAUUUACCGGCAUUGAAGAUCACACAGGAACAUGCAGGUGUUCUCCUUCUGAAGGGUCCCGAGAAAGAAGUCCAUGAAGGUGAAAAAGAGCUUUUAAAAUUAGCAGAAGGAAUCAAAGAGAAGAGGAUCCCAUCACAUCAUGCUCUUAUGACCUUCUUGGAAUCAAGUGGUUGCAUACAGUACUUUCAAAACCGAUUUCAGCAGAGCCUCCGCAGCCCAGUUAUACUCGAGACUUCAGGUUCAGAUCUUCUUCUGUUGAGUCUGUCUGAUGGAGCUCUAGAGGAGGCGGCUGCUGCCGUGCAGAGAGACGUGUGUUUGGAGACUGUGCGCCUGGAAGACACUCAUAUAUCAUCUGCGUUUACUAAACUGAAGGAGGAUUUGAGUGAAGCCACCAGGCAGGCCAAUUGUAAAUGUGUUAAAGUGGAGCUUAAAUACCUGGAUGAAUCAGGUUUUAAACCCAAAGUGCAACUGGUGGGCUACACUACUGAAGUUAAUACACUGAAGAACAUUGUACUGCAAUACAAAAGAAACCAUCAGAACCAUCAUGUCUCACUGACUCUUCCCAGGCCAGAAAUGGCAGAGCACUUCUCUGAGAUCCUGGCAAUGGCCGGCGUGAAGAAGAGCAGUGUAGUAAUAAAGCCAACAUGUUCACCUUCCCCAUGCGUCCACCUCACAGGACCUCUCUGUGAAGUGGAGGAUUUGAAGGACAGCCUUAAGUCAUUUCUUCAGAGUCAUGCCACAAAACGAUUUGAAGUUAAAGGACCUGGAGUUCAACAGUUUUUUCAAGGUGAAGGUGCAGAGACUUUGAAAUUUGGAAGGAGGUCUUCUGCGGUUUUGAUACUGCCCAUCGAUGAAGAGCAUAAAAUAUCCAAAUACACAAGCUAUAUCAGUCUCCAGAGCCUACCAUUUACUGCACCUUCCCAAGACGUUCUGGACUUCAUGGAUUCAAUGGACAAUGAGAUACACAUUAAAGUUGUGGUUGGAAGACUUGAGCAACAACAGGCAGAUGUGUUUGUUGCUCCAAUGAUCCAAACAAACAUGACCUCAACCUUGAUUGGAUCAUCCCUGUUGAAUAAAGCAGGACAGCAGCUUCAAAAUAACUUCAACAAUGCCAAGGGAUGUCACACUCUUAUGCCUGGAGAAGUGCUGGAGGUGGACGCGACACCAGCGUUGGGAUGCUCCAAGGUUUUCUUCAUAGAAUCUGCACCAAAAGGAAAUAAGCUCAUCAGUGAAAAAGCACUUCGCUCUGGACUUGGCCAAGUUUUUGAGCUAUGUGAGCAAAACUCUUGGGGUUCGGUUGCAUUGCCAAUAAUUGGACCCGGCAUAGUGCUGUCAAUGUCUGUCAAAGGCUCGGUUAAUAUUCUUACUCAUGAGAUCUGUGAAUUUUUAUCUGGACCCACUGGUCAUCUGCACACCAUUUAUAUCCCAAUAAUGUCUAAUUACCCUCAAUCUGAAGAGAUGUUCCAGAGAGUGUGUGGGAAGCUGAAUGCAAAAAUGGUGGAUGACAGAGGGCAAGCUCUGUUUCACUCACUGACCUCUGACCUUGAUGAGAUCAUCAUGGCAGUAGGUGGGAUUAAACUCCAUCUAGUGUUUGGAGACAUCACUAAUGAGACUACUGAUGCCAUCGUGAACACCACUAACUUUGAGGACUUCCAGACAGCUGGAGUGUGUAAAGACAUCCUUACUAUGGCAGGCCCUCAAAUCCAGGCUCAGCUAACAGGCGCUUGGGUAGCAAGUGGGCAGAUCUUUACAACCCUGCCAGGAUACUUCCCAUGUAAGACAAUCAUGCAUGUAUGUGGAGAGAGUGACCCUGCUGUUAUCAAAACCUUGGCAAAAAAAAUAGUGGUUCAAUGUGAGAGGGGCCGCUACAGGUCUGUGGCCAUUCCUGCAAUCUGUGCUGGACAAGGAGGUUUGGACCCCAGUGUGGUGGCCAAGUCCAUUCUAGAAGGAAUAAAGAAUGGUAUACAAGGAGUGAAUCUUCAACAUCUCAAAAAUAUUCGCAUCAUUCUGCUAAAGAUAAAUGUUUUCCUGAAGUUCAAAGCAGUGGCACUGCAAAUCUUUGGUGUUGGGUCACUGCUGACAGCUCCUGCACCACUUGUACCUACCAGGGCAACUACUAGAGGGCGCAGUACAACCAGUAGCAGGGACAGGGCUUUAACUAGAUCAAGCAGAUCACAUUCCUUACCGGGCAAUAUUGAUUUGAGCUCUCUAGUGACAUCUUUGCCUGACACAGAAAGCAGAGCUGCAUUUCUAAUCAUUGGUCACACCAGUAAUGAUGUUUCUGAUGCCUGUAGAGAACUUCAGUGGGCAUAUGACAGCCAGUGCUUCACUCACACUUUCUUUCCUGAUGAUAUUAGACGCCUCACUCAAGAUGAACUGGACCAGCUGCUCUAUAAAGUGAAUUCACUAAACCUGCAGUUGGAUACAAGCAGCUCUGACAGAUGGGUAGUAAAAGGGCUGAAGGAUGGAGUGAAUGAGGUGGUUGGACUGAUACAAGAUGCUCUUCGCAGACAGGUAAGGGAGAAGGAACAGGCACUCCUCUUCACUCAAGUUACAUGGUGCAUUCUGGGACAAUGGGGUGUUUGGCAGAAACUACCAAAAGAAGUCAAUCAUAAGCUUGAGAAUGCAGAUGUGAAAGAUGGAAUUGUGGACGCACAGGGUGUGAAAUGGACUGUGGAUUUACAAAAGAUGGAGGCCAGAGCAUGUGAUUCAAGACAGGUGACCACUCUCAAACGACUGGAGAACAUUUCAGAUUUUGCUUUGCCAAUUUACUGGGACAACAUGAGUCAAAGUGAACCAUUAAAGGUGACUGACCUAGAUCUGUCAUCAGCAGAGUACCGGAAUGUGAAGGUGAACUUCAAGAGGACUGUCACAAAAACAGUGCUGAAGAUCCAGCGCAUCCAGAACAUUAAUCUUCGGCGGUUAUAUGAGGUGCGUAAAAAAGAACUCGAGAACAAAAAUGGUUCUAUGGGAGCAGGAGAGAAGAUCCUUUACCAUGGCACAUCAAAGGAAUCCUGCACAUCUAUCAUGAAGAUGAACUUUAACCGCAGUCUUGCUGGGCAAAAUGCCACCAUCUAUGGUCAGGGGACCUACUUUGCUGUGAAUGCCAGCUACUCUGCCAAUCCUACCUAUGCGGUUCCUGCAGCAGAUGGGACUCAGUGCAUGUUUGUGGCUUGUGUGCUUACGGGUUAUCACACUCAGGGUCAGAUGGACAUGGUGAUGCCCCCUGUUCGCCUUGCACAGGACCACUAUGACAGUGUGGUGGAUAAUAUGCAGAAUCCCUCCAUGUUUGUGGUUUUCCAUGACUGCCAGGCUUAUCCAGACUACCUCAUCACAUUCAAAUGAAUUUCAACAAAAAAACCAACCCUGUCUUGAGAUUUAUAUGAAAUGUUAUUAGUUAUAUAGUUGAUUUUACAUUUAAAUGUAAUCAUUUAGGGAAUCAUUUAGGGUUUGGUUUAGUUACCUCAUACCUUUUUUUACACUUUAUGCCACAACUAACUAGUGUGCAGUGAAUAUGUUUUAGUGACCAAUAUAAUUCAGAUAAUGCAAUUUAAUGAUAGCAAAUAAAAAUUAAUGGUUUUAACAAAAUCUUGAAAUUCACAAGAACAUAUGAGCAGAAAAUGUACAACAUCAAUUGACAAAGCUUUCUGUGGAUUGUAAGUGGAACAGUGAAAUUCUCCUGUGAAUCACAGGAGAUCACAGUUAUAGACCAGGGUUAGACAAUGUCGGCCCUGGAGUGCGGAUAUUCUGCAGAGUUUAGCUCCAACCCUGAAAAAAAAAACCUCACCUGCCUGUAGCCCUAGCAAAGCCACUAGAUGGAAAGCGUGCAACCAUUAGCCGAAAAAGCGUAAUGGCUAAAGCUAAUGCUUCCAGUUUGGAGGCGGAUGGCGCAAAAUGUGCCUUAUUGUCUGCAAUUCUGAAAUGUACACAGCAGUGUUAUCAAGAACAGGCUUGCUCUGCUGUGAGUGAUGUGGGCCAAAGGGACAGGCAGGAGGAGGAGAGGAGUUUAAUUGGUAAGGAAUUUGAUAACAGGGGCUCGCAUGAAGGGGAAACAGAAUAAUCUAACCUGUUCUAAUGCGUGUGCACGCCACGGGUGUAGAAUACAUAAACACUUCUUAAUAAAACGAAAAGUCGUCCCUUGUGCUUUUUUGGCCAUCAAGUGUGUUCACAGAGGUUUCCAUGGGAUAAUGUGAAUAAUUUAAAUAUGACCAGACGUUUUGUUUUUUGUGAGUUUGCAAAUAUAUUCAAAUACUUAACUUUCUAUAUUAAAGAUACCAGUACUGUAAUUACUGUGUUAAAAAAAAUCAUAAUUUAUUAACCUGUUGUACACAGCAUACUUAUUUUUAUUAAAUGGAAAUUACACUU